AUUGCGCUCAACGGCCCUCAAAACCGAAGGUCCCAAGCAAGAUCCAAGCCGAAAGCAUCGACCACAAUAGCACGAGUUGAAACGGUACCAUCGUAGCAAGCAUUGUUCUGUUGAUUGUCAUCGGACACCCAUUGGCACCUGCCUCAGACUUCGAGGUCUAUUUGAUUGACAGCUACGGCAUUGCUCAUUUUCCACAACCCACAGCUUGCUUCAACACUUGAGGAGAGCAAAAACAACCCGACAAGCGGAAAGCCAAUCUACUCAGUAUCUCCAUCUUUUCUUCGAAGGUUUUUUCCCUUUCAAUUCUAUCUAUAUAUCCACAACCAACAGAAAUUCCAGUAAAGAUGUUUGGAGGUUUCAAAGGCACAAAGCUCAAGCCACAACUGAAAAUGGCAGUGUCCCGCUUUGCGAUUGCCAGCAAUAAGAAAUCGGCCAUUAUGAAGCAAAACAUGCGAGAAGUGGCACUGCUGCUUGCCGAGGAUCCACCCAAGGAGGAAAAGGCCCGGAUCCGGGCAGAAGCCCUCAUUCGUGACGACAAUAUGAUUGAAGCCUAUGAAAUUCUGCAACUGGAAUGCGAGCUCUUGUCGGAGCGCAUCAAACUGUUGGAAAGCCAAAAACAAUGCCCUCCAGAUUUGCUCUCGUGCAUUAGCGAUUUGAUCUAUGCCUGUCCCAGGGUCGACAUUCCAGAAUUGAAUGAAAUUCGAAAACAAUUUAGGGCCAAGUACGGAAAAGACUUUGAAAAAGCGGCCCUGGAAAACAAAGGUGGCGUCUUGAAUGAACGGGUGGUUUCAAAGCUGUCAGUUCACCCGCCAGCUGCUUAUCUAGUGCAGACUUACUUGGAAAAAAUUGCCGAGCAAUAUGAAGUGGACUGGCAACCCACAAUCAAGCUUUCCUCAGAGCAAAUGAUUGAGCCAAUGGCAGCCCCUGUUGGGUAUUCGGUCCAAGCCGCACAGGGAACUGGAUUGGGGCCCGAUGCCCAAGCAAUGACAGGGACGCAAAAUUCAGACGAAGAAAUUGGUUUCAGCAAACUGGACGCCAUUCCUCCACCGGCCCCUGGUUUUGGUGGUGGAACGGCAUCUGUCUCGGGAGGAGGCAGUGGUCCCGUUGUCAGCGCUACACCCUACCAAUCCCCUAAAAACACCGACAAUUUGCCAACCACCACGGCCUACGUCAAUGGCGGUGCCAGCACCACUUCGUCCGUGACACAACCGACAACUGCAAACAACAUGAAUGGAACGCCCUCGGCACCCUCUGCUGCCAGUGAUUAUGACGAAGUCGACAUUUUUGUGCCAACCAUCCCCACUGCCCCACCCGGUGGCGUAUCCCCCAUGAAUGGAAACAAAUCACAGGAUGACGAUGAUGAUGACCAGAAACCACCAGCCGCGGGCGGCUCCUCCGGGGGGUCUACGUAUGAGGAUUUGGCAGCCAGGUUCGAACAAUUGAAAAAGUGAACACAUCAUGGUGCGUCUUGACUUGUAACCUUUUCCAUAGUCUACACAAUAAUAUUACUAUCAACAUCAGUUUAGUAGGCCAGAUUUGGCGCUGACGGUGCCCCAAUGCGAAGCCUAUUCCGCAUAGGAGGUGGAGACGAAGACGAAGACCUGACUGCAGCAUUUCCCCACUGAACCAAGGGAAGUACAAGCUCAUCGGAUGGAAUGUAUGUUGGUAAUGGUUUCAUAGUUGGUGACAUAGUAUAGAGUAAUUCACAGCCUUGUUCAAUUUCUUUUGAUUGAUGAUUUCAAAGGCGCGCUUGUGCAGUCGUAAGCGUCCAGCUCCUAAACCUUGCUAAGGUCU